AUGAACUUUGAAGCUGGAUGGGGCUUUUUUGCCAGGCCAACACGAGAAUUGGAACGUAUAAAUAGGAUGAACAUUCUCAUUUGUACCCCUGGACGCUUAUUGCAACAUAUGGAUCAAACUGUAAACUUCAAAUGCGAUAAUCUCCAAGUAUUAGCAGACGCUCCAGAAAAUGCAGAAACAUAUAUUCAUAGAGUCGGACGAAUAGCAAGAUACGAAGCUUCGGGUCAAGAUUUGCUUUUUGUUGACAAUUGA